AUGGGGCCCACGUGGUCGGGUAUUUCGAAUAUCACACCGAGCUCAUCGGUCAGCUGGAGCCACACCAUUAUACAAGCACGAUGGAAUUCUACCGAUGAACAACAAUCUUCCCGGCAACGGGUUCGCAAGCGGCCUGUGUUAAUGGAAUUCCCCCAGCUCGUAUGGCCUUCGGUGAUAAAAACCAUUCGAAACUGGAUACUGGUUCAUUUCAUAAUUAGACCGUAUUUCGACCGAGAUUUCGUGCUUCCCGAUUUCGUCUUAGGGGCGAAACAAGCUUUGCAAGUAGUUUCAUCAUCCCUUGCUGGGGGAGAAGUUAAGCAACUGGAGGGAUUGGUUGAUCGUGCGGCAUUGGCAGAUCUUAAGCAAUCGAUUUCUAAAAUGUCCGUUGCCGAGCGCUACGACAUUCACGUGGACAAGGAAGAUGUGUACUUUUCGUUUCCCUAUCAAGUCGGUGUAAUGUUUGAUGAAUCGGAAGAUGAUAGCCAAAAACGAUUUGUGGAAAUAACGAUGGUUUUCCAUGUACUGAAAGGUCUGAAAGGGAUGAUAGAACGUGGCGAAUCCGUACCGUUGAAUGUGGGAGUUCUUCCCGAGUUCCGAGACAAAAUUAGCAUCUGCAACUACCGGUUUAUAAAGGAAUUUACCAAAGGCGUCGAUUCGGAUUGGACCGUGAAUGUAGUGAACCACUUCAAGCCGAGUGACUACAUUGACGAGUAAUUGUGUUUGUCGGAUGACAACGCAAAAUACGUCCGGAUACGACGAUCGGAACCAGAACAAGUCAUACAUAAAAGUAGAAACAAUAA